UGUGUGAAUAUGUGUAUAUGUCUAAGUGUCCCCUGGUGUGUGUGUUGCAGGUGGGUAAGCUGAUCCAGGAGGCAGCAGGGAGGAGCAAUCUGAAGAGGGUGACUCUGGCUGGGGGGAAGAGCCCCAACAUCAUCUUCGCAGACGCCGACCUGGACCUGGCGGUGGAGCAGGCCCAUCAGGGUGUGUUCUUCAACAGCGGUCAGUGCUGCACGGCGGGCUCGCGGGUCUUCGUGGAGGAGUCCAUCUACGACGAGUUUGUCCGCCGCAGCGUGGAGAGGGCCAAGAGGAAGGUGGUGGGAAGCCCCUUCGACCCCACCACAGAGCAGGGGCCACAGAUCAGUGAGGAGCAGCGGCAGCGCAUCAUGGAGCUGAUCCAGAGCGGCGUGCGUGAGGGGGCCAAGCUGGAGUGUGGGGGCAGCGUGGGCGCUGGGAAGGGCUUCUUCGUGGAGCCCACCGUCUUCUCCAACGUCACCGACAACAUGCGCAUCGCCAAGGAGGAGAUCUUUGGCCCGGUGCAGCAGAUCCUGAAGUUUAAGACGCUGGAGGAGGCGAUUGAGAGAGCCAACGACACAGACUACGGCCUGGUGGCUGCCGUCUUCACCAACGACCUCAACAAAGCCAUGACCGUGUCCACCUCUGUCCGGGCCGGCACCGUCUGGAUAAACUGCUACAACGCUCUGAGCUGCCAGUGUCCGUUUGGAGGCUUCAAGAUGUCCGGCAAUGGCCGUGAGCUGGGUGAAUAUGGCCUGAAGGAGUAUUCAGAAGUAAAGACCAUCACCAUGAAGAUGACGGGGAAGAACUCUUAGGCCCCUCCCCCAUGCCACCACUCCUCACCCACACCCACACCCCCGCCUCCCCCAACUCACCACUGAGGGACUUCCUGUUCGGGGUGCUGCAUUCCAGCAGUCGCCACGGCGACUCCAUACUGCACACUAACCAACCGCCCGACACUCCAUCCACCAUCACCACAGCAUCCUGCUGUGGUCCUACAUCCCAUCAUCUGGGGUCCUACUGAAGCAGGCACUAUGGACGGAUACCCCCCCCCCCCUCCCCCCAUCCUCAAAUACCCCCCUACA